ACACCGCUGCUGUCUGUCUGAAUCUUUCUCGAAUCCUGGGAAAGUUCCAGGGGCAGGCUGGCUGGCGGAGGGAUCUGGCACGCAGGCACUGCGGCUCCAGCCUGGCUGACGCCGGGGUUGUGGCGCUCCGCUCGGCUCGUGGAGGCUCAAGGGCUCCAAGCAAACACGCUCCCCACCUUGCUCUAUCCGCGCCACGCUCAACUGGGCAGCCAGACAUCACACGCAGGAACAGAGGGAAAGGAAUUGCCCCCGUCUUUCACAACAGUGAAGCGCUGUAGUGAAUGGACAUCACACGGCAGAGAUGACUGAAACCUGACCUGCACGAGGAAUAACAUUCAUGACCGGAGGCUACCAUUCUGACCAGACCGUAUUUCUGCUGAGAGAGAGAGGGAAGAGAGAGAGAGAGAAAAAUAAGAUAUUUGGGAUUAUUCCAACAUUCCCACCUCCGUUCCAGACCUUCCUCCCUACUCCUGGUCUCUUCAGGAAGCACCAACGGAACUAAUGAACCCCCGUUUCUGUUUACAUAGACUCCACACACUCCUCUUCGAGCUCCAUCCCUGAUCCCUCGUUCCUGCUCUCCUUUAGCCAUCUGGGCAACAGUCCAUUCCUCACGCUCCUCUUCUAUUCCCCUGUCCCCCCCCCUCUCUCAUCACAUUCCCUCCCUCUUUCACCCGAAGUGGUGGUUCUCCUCCCUCCCUCCAUCCAUCUCUACAUAGCACCAUCCCUCCCUCCAUCCAUCUCUACAUAGCACCACCCAUCCAUCUCUACAUAGCACCCUCCCUCCCUCAUCAUGCAUUCCUCCACCUCCAUCACGUCCCUCUUCUCCUUCACCAGCCCUGCAGUGAAGAGGCUUCUGGGAUGGAAACAAGGGGAUGAAGAGGAGAAGUGGGCAGAGAAGGCUGUGGACUCUCUGGUCAAGAAACUAAAGAAGAAGAAGGGAGCGAUGGAGGAGCUGGAGAAGGCCCUCAGCUGUCCCGGACAGCCCAGUAAGUGUGUGACCAUCCCUCGGUCUCUGGACGGUCGUCUCCAGGUGUCUCACAGGAAGGGUCUCCCCCACGUUAUCUACUGCAGAGUGUGGAGGUGGCCCGACCUACAGUCUCAUCACGAACUCAAGGCCUUGGAGUGCUGUGAAUUCGCCUUCGGAUCCAAACAGAAAGACAUCUGUAUCAACCCCUACCACUACAGACGGGUAGAGACACCAGUGCUUCCCCCAGUGUUGGUCCCUCGCCACAGUGAGUUUAACCCCCAGCACAGUCUACUGGCUAAAUUCCGGAAUGCCUCGCUCCACAACGAGCCCCUGAUGCCCCAGAACGCUACAUACCCGGACUCCUUCCCUCCUCUCCCUUGCGCCUCCUUUUCCUCCACCUCCUCAUCCUCUCUCACCCAGUCCCCCACCUCCGCCAGCUACCCCAACUCUCCCAGCAGCUCAGCCGAACCUACCAGCCCCUACCACAUCACAGCAGAGACUCCACCUCCCCCCUAUAGCAUGAUGGAGACAGUCCCAACUGAGGAUGUCAAGCCUGGAGACUCCACACACAAGCUCACCUUCUCAGCUCCGCAUAUAGAUCUGCGGCCUGUGUGUUAUGAGGAGCCAGAGUACUGGUGUUCAGUGGCGUACUACGAGCUGAAUAACCGUGUUGGAGAGACGUUCCACGCCUCGUCCCGUAGCGUCCUGGUGGACGGCUUCACCGACCCCUCCAACAACAAGAACCGCUUCUGUCUCGGCCUGUUGUCUAACGUCAACCGCAACUCAACCAUCGAACACACACGCAGGCACAUAGGAAAAGGUGUCCAUCUCUACUACGUGGGUGGUGAGGUGUACGCCGAGUGUCUGAGUGACAGUAGUAUCUUCGUCCAGAGUCGUAACUGUAACUAUCAGCAUGGUUUCCAUGCCACCACCGUGUGUAAGAUCCCCAGCGGCUGUAGUCUGAAGAUCUUCAACAACCAGCUGUUCGCCGAGCUCCUCUCUCAGUCCGUCAACCACGGCUUCGAGGUGGUCUACGAACUCACCAAGAUGUGUACUAUACGCAUGAGCUUUGUCAAGGGCUGGGGUGCAGAGUACCACCGUCAGGAUGUCACCAGCACCCCCUGCUGGAUAGAGGUGCACCUGCACGGCCCUCUGCAGUGGCUGGACAAAGUCCUCACACAGAUGGGCUCUCCUCAUAACCCCAUCUCCUCCGUGUCCUAACACACACACACACACACACACACACACACAGAUGUGGUCUGUCCUAAAACACACACACACAUAUCCUCUGUAUCCUGACACACACACACAUCUUAAUGGAUCUAUGCUUAUCUCGACUGACGCUAUUGAAAUAGCAGCCUUUUCUUCCUGACAGGAAUCAACCGUCAUUUAACAUUACGAAUGUUAUUUAAGUUGAUGACAUUCAAUCAAUCAAUCAUACGUAAGUUACUGUAGCUUUCAGUUAGUCAAUGUACAAUGUGUCCGUGAUGCAGAUACCUAUUGUAAUUGUUUUAGCUACUCUGCUGUCUAGUUUUACUGUAAGGGACAGUUUCGGCGCUAUCCAGUGUCAACCGACAUCGCAAUACCCGUGUCAUUGUGUUUUGUUUCUUUUGGUGAUGUCAGAGGUGUUUAACUGUGAUGGGAGCUGUCGGAAAACGAAAUAACCCAUCUUUAAUAAAUCCCACCUGCCUUAGUAGUUCAGAACGAGAAAAAUGUAGGCUAAUAGUUGGAAUAAUAAAAACGCUCAAAUGAAGCAAAGGGUUUUUAUAUCAGCCUAUCGAGACGUAGACUACAACACCCAGUGUUCCAUCUUGUAACACAGCUUCGUGACGUCAUUACUAAUGCAACGAGACAUAGACUACAACACCCAGUGUUCCAUCUUGUAACACAGCUUCGUGACGUCAUUACUAAUGCAACGAGACAUAGACUACAACACCCAGUGUUCCAACUUGUAACACAGCUUCGUGACGUCAUUACUAAUGCAACGAGACAUAGACUACAACACCCAGUGUUCCAUCUUGUAACACAGCUUCGUGACGUCAU